AUGGCUAAGAUUGUAACUUGCGGAAUAAUUACUCUAUGCAUUGUAUUUGUAAACACUCACAAACCAGAUUUAAAAUUUUUUGAAGAGAAGAAUUUCCAUGAAGCAAAUGAUUUGACAGAUGAUGAAGUUAAAGACAUAGCAAAAAUGUCAGAUCAGACACAUUUUAAAAAAGUAUUAAAUAAAAUACUGAUACCAAGAGUUGUGGGUACACCAAACCAUGAGAGAGUCGGCAACUAUAUUGUAAAACAAAUGACAGAUCUGGGCUGGCAAGUCACCGAAGAUGUGUUUCCAGAUGAAACACCAAUGUUUGGAACACUUAACUUUAGAAAUAUUAUCGCCAAGCUAAAUCCUGAUGCGGAUAGAUACCUUGUGUUGGCUUGUCACUAUGACAGUAAAUAUACAAGAGAGCAUGUCUUUGUGGGUGCAACCGACUCCGCAGUCCCGUGCGCGAUGAUGAUCAACCUAGCGAAAGUGAUGGCCAAGCAGCUGGAUGCUCUGAAACGUAACCGCUUGAGCCUCAUGUUCAUAUUCUUCGACGGCGAGGAAGCCUUCAGACAGUGGGGACCGCGUGACUCCAUUUACGGAGCACGGCAUCUUGCUCAACAUUGGGAGACAACGCCAUAUAAGGACGGGGCCAAUCAUUUGCAGAGGAUGGACGUCCUAGUGCUCCUAGAUCUACUUGGCUGUCCUGACCCAGUAUUCUACAGUUACUUCCAAGCAACCGAAAAGUGGUAUGUCCGGUUGGCCAGCGCUGAACAGAGGCUCGCAGAACUUGGACAGUUGAACGCGUACUCUGUUGGCAAGGAGGAGCAGACAUACUUCAGGCUCAGGAGUUCCGGGUCGUUCAUUGAAGACGACCAUAUACCAUUUUUAAGGAGAAACGUCGACGUAGUCCAUGUGAUCCCGAACCCGUUCCCGGACGUGUGGCACACCGCAGACGACAAUAUGUCCGCGCUGGACUUUAACACAAUCGACAAUUUGAAUAAAAUCUUCCGUGUGUUUGUUGCGGAAUAUCUGCACUUACGUCCUUAG